CAAACACACACAAAACCCAUUAAACACCUAUUUCUUUCAUUAAUACAAACUACUUCUCUUUCAGAUAACUCGCGAUGGGCGGAGAACAGAGCCGGGAGGUGGGCGUGGCCAGUGGGCGGGGCGAGACUGCAGUAGAAAGGCGUGGCUCUGAUUCCACACGCCCCACCUCCACCUCACCUAGGCCUUCCAUAUGUUCUGACGCUGACCUGCCUUAUAUAUCCUAUACUGUGAAUAGGCCUAUAGGAGACUCGCCCAAACACACGUCACGGGGUAUGCGUGGUCUACGUGGUGCAGGAGGGUCACCCCGCAGGUCACGUCGGCGGCAGCUUCAGCGCCCUCAGGAGGUGGUGGUGGUGAGGGAGGCCACCAACUACACCCUUGGCCUUGAUCCUGAGUUGGCCAAGUUACAGUCCAUCCCGACGUUCCUGCCGAUCAUGAGAGGGGCGCUAACUGCUCCCUUCGCCCGAGACCCCGAGGUGUUAGAACGGCUUGACGCUGGGGCUAUGGUGGCCCUGUGUCGACGCUAUCAGACCCACCUGCACACCGCCGCCGCCACCACCACCCACUACCAGGAUAACCUCUCUACCAAGAUUAGGGAUGUGGACGCCACAGUUAGCGGGUUGGUCUCCCAGAUGACAGACAGACAGAGGAGUUUCGCCAGGUACGCCGAGAAGUUGGGACAGGUGACGGAGGUGAGCCACGCCCUCAUCCGCUGCCACGCCUCCCUCAACCUUAUACUAGAGAGCCUCGAGACCCUAAAUGAUUCACUGCCCAUCCACGAUAGAUUAGAGCCUUUUGUCUGGACCACUGGUUGAGAUGGGGGGAAGGAGGGUAGAAGGAGAGGAAGAGAGGAAGAGGAAGAGAGGAAGAGGAAGAGGCCUUGAACCCCAUCCUCUGAGCUGGGGGGAAGGAGAGGAAGAGAGGAAGAGAGGAAGAAGCCUUGAACCCCAUCCUCUGAACUGGAGGGAAGGAAAAAUAGGAAGAGGAACAAGGUGGGAAGGAAAGGAAGGAUGGAGGUUUAGUAAGGAAGUUUGAUAAUUAAUGAGAGAAGGAAAGGAAGGGAGAGAAAGAAGGAAGGUUUAGGUGAGAAGGAGAAAGGGUAAUGAAGGGUAGGAGGGAAUAAGGAGGGGGAAGAAAGAUGAGAAAAGGAAAGAAGUGAAUGGGUGACGAGAGAGGAGGGAAGAUAGAAAAGAAAGGAGGAGAGAAGGAAAGAUAAGAGAGUUUGGGAGACAGAGAAAAAUAGAAAAAGAAGAGAAACAGACGUAAAAACAAUAGAUAAUGAACACCAAUAAAGAAAAUAUCAAAAUAAACUAGUGAUAAAUCAGCGUAAUAAUGAAAACACAAAGUAAAUGGGAAUGAGAACCUGUUAAAACUAUCCUUGAUUCCUAUUGGUCACUUGAGUAACUAAAUGAAGUUUUUACAGUAAUUAUGCAACUGAAUGGUACAGGACUUAAGAACAAUAUAUUAAUUAUUAAAAAGUAGUUAUA